AAAAUUACACUACCAUUUUACAUUACGUUUAUUGUUAAAACUCGCUUCGUCGAAAUAAAUGUGAUAAAUUAAGUACAUUGUCGUUUGUAUCGUUGAUUCUUUCAAUUUUCUGCGUUAAUUAAUUUCUUCGCAAUAGCGGAUUUUUUUUUAUUUUAGAGUGCGUUUUCGUACGGCGAAACACAUGUCUAUGCUCGGUUAUUAAUACGCCCCGCGAAAAUAACAAAUGCGCGAUGCAAUCUCAAUAUGCUAAUCUUCGGCGAUUCGCGGCAUGUGUCAAAAUUCCCUUACCGAUCCUUUCACCUCGUUUCGCGUAACCGCAGGACUAUCCGUCGAAAUUUCUUUUGCAAUGUUGAGUUACACGAUUGCAACAUGAUCCCGAUUGCGAAGCCCGAGCUCAGGAUACUAGAUAAAAAUAAAUUACACGUAUCGCGAAGACCAGGAUGCGUCGCGUGGCUGUUGCUCGGCCUGUCGGCGCUAAUCUUCAUCGGAAUAUUCAGCCGACUGACGAGCAACGUGUACCUACUGAUCAUCCUGCUUCUGGGCGAGAUCAUGUUCGGAUUGGACAGUCUUGGGGAAUGGGAGGACCUGAUCUUGUACAAGAACGAGAACAAAGCUGUCGUCGAGAGGUCCGUUUGGAGUGACAAGCUGUGCUUGGGUAGCUCGGGCGAGCUAUCCUUGAUGAGACUCACCGAUAUCCGGCACGUCGGUGUCACCACCAGGAUGAGCCUCUUUAUCCUCCACAGGAACGGGCAGACGGUCACUUUCAGUAUGAGGGGCUUGACGAGGAAGGAGAUACAAGGCUUGAGGAGAGAAAUCAGCCAUUUCUUGAACAUGAGCCGGCUCAAGUAUCUCGAUCACUCUCUGGUCGACCCCGCGGACCGACUAUUGCUCUCUUCCGAUUCCGAGGAAUACCUGCCGAGAGCGUCUUGUCUACCCGCGUCCAACGAGUUCACCGUCUCGGACAACGUUCUGGGCGGCACGCUGGGCAGGACGUGCUACCACGUGCAGCAGAAUUUGAGUUACCCGAGUUUCAUACGUGGAACGCAACUCAACUGCUGCCAAUUGGCGAACUUAAGACGGGGCCCUUACACGGAAAACUCGACGCGUUUCAAUUAUGUCAGGUGUACUGGGAACAUCUGUGCCACUCCCAUACCUCGCAAUUUGUGCAAGCUUCGUAAAGAACGUAAUUAAUCGAGAGUGUACCAUUCGUCUGUGUGUCGUACGUGUUCUUGAGAUUACCCCGACAUUGUAACUGCGAUUCGCGAUUUAAGACAAAUUUGUGUAGCAAAGCAAGAUAUUUUAUCCUAUGUAAUAAACAAUUUAUUACUAAGUAACAAUAAUUUGAAAGCAUCACAAAGAGGAUACUUCAAAUCUUAAUUCAUCGCUAAUUAUCAAGAAUCUGAAUAACGUAUAUUAUAUUACUAUAUAAUAGUAUUAGAACAAUCACGAGUCUCUAUCGACUUUUAUAACAAUUAAAUAAAUUCUUUCACAAACCAGUU